AUGGAGGGGGGGCGCGUCACGCGGCAGCAGCUGCGCAGCAUGGCGUGGCCGCAACGCCAGGCGCUGGCGUGGGCGUGCGCGCGGUCCUCUUCGGCGGCGGGUGCGCGUGAAGCCCUGGGCGCGCGAAGCGGAAGAAGGCGGCCGUGGUACGCGGGAGUGGCGGUGGAAGGGCGGCGGCGGUUGAGCGGCGGGCAGAGGGAAGCGUUUGAGCGGCGUAUGGAGGAGGAGCUAGCGGCCUUGAUGGCGCGCCCACCCGCGCGGACGGGAGGGGUGGUGGGGCGAGGGAUGAAGGAGGUUGCGGAAAGACAACAGCCCCGCGUUGGAGCGCGCGGCCUGACGUCCGCGGAGUUGUUGUGGGCGCGGCAGAGGGGGAAAGAGCAUGGCGGAACAGAAGGUAGCGGAGGAGAAGCGGUAGAGACUGAGGAUUGGGAGAGGCGGUACGAUAUGGCUCAGCUGUGCGCUCAACUGGAUGAGAGCCUGUCGCCGCGCACUGUGGUGGGAGGGGCGGUGGCAGCACAACAGCGCAUGGAGGUCGUGGUGGGGCAAGGGGGGAGCAGCGAUGGGUGGGAGCGAGAGAAGGCGGCGCUGUUGGAGUUCCAGGCAGCGCUAGCCCCGGCGUCACAGCAAGUGCUGAAAGAAUGGUCGCUCACGUCGCUCGUGCCGCUGUGCCGCUGGACUGGGGUGGUGUGCUCCAACGAGAUAGGCCAACCAGAUGCUGCUAACGGUACCACCACCACCGUUGCUGCUGCCGCUGUGAGCGGUGUGAGCGCUGUGACAAGCAGCACCCCCAACGCGGUGGAGGGUGUGGUGCUGUCGCAGCUGGGCCUGCAAGGCACCAUCUCCUCCUCCCUCGCCGCGCUCCCCUCCUUGCAGUACCUUGUGCUCUCAGACAACGCCCUAUCCUCCUCCAUCCCCUCCGCCCUCGCGCUCCUCCCCGCGCUCACGCUCCUCGACCUCUCCAUCAACAAGCUGUCCGGUACCAUCCCCUCCGCCUUCUCCCGCCUCUCCGCCUUGAUCUCCCUCUCCCUCUCCAACAACCAGCUAUCCGGCACCAUACCCGCCACCCUCGGCGCACUCCCAUCCCUCUCCUACCUCUACCUCAACGUCAACUCACUCACCUCCUCCAUCCCAACGGCUCUUGGGCGCCUCUCCUUGCUGUCAGAGCUGGCGCUGGGCACGAACGACCUGGCGGGCAGUGUGCCACAGGCGCUCUCAGCGCUCGCGGGGCUCAUCAUCCUGGACCUCGUCACCAACCGCCUCUCAGGGACCCUCCCCUCGCACGUCUUCUCUGCCUGGUGCCGCGCCGCCUUCAGCAUAGAAAUCACCGGAAACACCUUUUCUGGGCCGCUGCCGGACUUCUCGGCAUGCACGGGGCUGGUGUGGCUGGAUGCGGGGACGAAUGGUUUCAGUGGCAGCAUGCCGGCGUCUGUCAGCCACAUGACCUCGCUGGAGACGCUCAUUCUCCUCAACAACUCCCUCUCAGCCUUGCCACCGGUAGGCCUCGCCUCGCUGCCCGCCCUGGGCCAGCUGGACCUCUCCAGAAACAACCUCACUGGCCGCAUCCCCCCCUUCUGCGCGUCCCCCAGCUACACGCGCAUGCGCAGCCUGCGGUUCAGUGGGAAUCAGCUGAGCGGGCGCGUGCCAGCGUUGCUAGGCAAAUGCGAGCUGCUGGAGAACCUAUAUCUGGACAACAACCGCCUCUCGGGCUCCCUCCCUGCCACCUUCCGAAUGCUGCGCCGCCUGCGCCAGGUGCGCCUGGAGCGCAACAAGCUCUGGGGCCCACUGCCACUGGCGCGACUAGAGAACAUCACGGAGAUCUGGCUCGACGGCAACGGCCUCUCCGGCCGCAUUCCCCCCGACCUGAGCUCGGCAGAGCGGCGCUUCAUCUACUUCUCGGCCCCGCACAACCGGUUCAGCGGGCCGCUGCCGGCGUCGCUGGGGCGGCUGGUGAUGCUGGACCUAUCCUUCAACGCUCUCACCGGCGCCAUCCCACGCGCCUUCAUCGCCUCCACUGCCAACCUCUCCGUGCUGCUGCUCCCCGGUAACCGCCUCUCUGGCUCUAUCCCCGCGCGCAUCACCGCGCUCACCGCUCUCGAAACCCUCGACUUGAGCGGCAAUGAACUCGAGGGGGCCCUGCCGGAGAACCUUGCUGCGCUUUCCCUCCUGCAGGAGCUGUCACUCGCCAGUAACAACCUGACAGGCGCCAUCCCAGCAGACAUAGCGCAGCUGCCCGCGCUUGUGCGCGUUGACCUCAGCAACAACCGCUUGUCCGGGCCUAUCCCUCAGUUUCUUGGUGCCGCCCCGUCUGGGGACAGCGGUGCUGGAAGUGCAGGGAGUGCAGGGAGUGCAGGGAGUGCAGGGAGUGCGAGUGUGGCACAGCUGCUGCUGGGAGGCAACGAGAUAUCAGGGUCCAUCCCUGACGGCCUCUCCACACUCACACAGCUCGUCACUCUCAAUCUCUCCACCAACCGCCUGUCGGGCUCACUGCCCUCGGGCUUGGCGGGCCUGCAGCAGCUGUCGGUGCUGGACGCCUCCUGGAACGCCCUCACCGGCUCCAUCCCUUCCGCCCUCUCGUCCGUCCGCUCCCUCAACCUCUCCUCCAACUUCCUCGCUGGUCCAAUCCCCGCCGGCCCACUUUCCGCCCUCCCCGUGGCUUCCUAUGCCAACAACUCCGCUCUCUCUGGUUUGCCAGCGGCUGCGGUGGCAGGCAUUGUGGCAGCGAGUGUGUGUGCGCUUGCCGUGGUGGCAGCAGCACUGUGUGUAGUGGGGAGGAGGAGGGAGGUGGAGAGGAGGAAGCGGCUGAACGGGUACUUGCUGAUUGUGAAGCAGGCGCCAGUGAGAGUGACGGUGGAAGGGAUAGUGGAGGGCACCAACAACUUCAGUGACACUAUGCUGCUGGGGAAGGGCGGCUUUGGCAGCGUCUACAAGUGCAAUGUGCCCGGCACGCAGUGCACACUGGCCAUCAAGAGGCUCCAUUCGUCGCUGCCCUCGCUGCACUCUGCCUCUCCCGCUACCACGGCCAUGGGCAAGGGGAGCAAAAAGGGCAAGGGGAGCAAGAAGGGCAAGGGGGCCAAGGGGGUCUCAGGGGAGGAGGCGAGGGAAGCAGCAGGCGAACAAGGAGGUGCAGGCGGAGGUGCGGACCCUUGGGCAGCUGGAGCACCAGAACCUGGUUUCAAUAAAUGGGAGGCGAGGCUGAGCAUUGCGAUGGGGUUGACCAAGGCGCUCAAGUAUCUGCACCACGAGUGCUCGCCCUACAUCAUUCACCGCGACAUAAAGCCCUCCAACAUACUCGUGGUGGAGUCUAGGAGCGCUCAUGGGGGGCAGGAGGGUAGCAGUAGUGACGGCAGCACGGUGGUGAGUGGGUCGGGAACAGGGAGUGGUAGUGGGCCGGGAACAGGGAGUGGUAGUGGGCCGGGGACAGGGAGUGGUAGUGGAUCAGGAGGGAUGACUGAGUCCGGCAGUGAAAAUGCUAGUGGCAGUGGGACGGGGGAUGAUAGUGUGACAGAGAAGGGUAAUAAUGGUGUAAAUGAGAACAGUGGUAGUGGUAGCAGUGGUGCGUGCAGCAGCAUGGACGGAGGCACCUACACAACCGAUGGCAAGCCAUGCAAGGUUGAUGUGACGCCUUCAGCAGACCCGAGUAGCAUUGGCAACACCGUUGCAAGCGAGCCUGCAACAUCAAUGCGAGCCAAGGCCAUGUCAGGCAGCAACAGCAACAGCAACAGCAACAGCAUUAUUGGGUCCAUCCACUCUGCUGUCUCCAACACUGCCCUCCUACGCCUCUUUCGAUCCUCCAAGGCUGCGCAGCUUCCCUUCCCCUCUCCCUCCUCCGCCCCUCAUGUUCUUCACCGCGAGCCUUUCAAGCUUGAAUCUCUCUCCUCUCAAGCAACCUCUCAUCCAACCCCGUCUUCUUCAACCCAAGCAACUGCACCGUCACUGCCCUCACCGCACCCCUCCUCCACCACUCUUUCCUCUGCAUCCCUGCCUGCGGCCCAACACACGUUCACGGUACGAGUGGCUGACUUCGGCCUGGCACGGCAGGUGGACGUGCGGGCGACACACAUGUCCACGGCCGUGCUGGGCACGUAUGGCUACAUGGCCCCGGAGUACGCGCAGCGGGGGAGGGUCACCACAGCGACAGACGUGUUUGCAUUCGGGGUGGUGCUGCUGCAGCUGGUGUCGGGGCGAUCGCCAUACGACGAGGAGGUGGAGGACAGGGGGCUGGCGAGGUGGGCCUUCUCCUCGCCUGUGUGUGCCGUGCUGGACCCGCUGCUGGGGCCCUCUGCGCCCACCAGGGCAGUGGAGGCCGUGCUGAGACUGGCGCUGCGGUGCACGGCGGAGCAGAGCCAGAGGCGCCCGUCGAUGCUGGAUGCGUGGACGUACCUCACGAGUCUGCAUGAUGUGGUCGCGCACAUGCAAGGCCAGGGCGGGGACGGCCUGGAUUUGUCGCUAGCGCAGCAAGGCAUGGCGUGGGAUGCUGGGGGCGUUGGAUCUGGGUCGACUUCUGUACUGCCUGGGAGCAGAGCGGAUGAGGAGGACAAGCGUGAGAAAGACAGCGACGCGCGCAUGAGUGGGACAGGGUGA